AUGCUUGGAAUUUGGAUUGCUGUACUUUUAUUUUUUGGCACAUCAAGAGGAAAAGAAAUUUGCUAUGACAGGGUAGGAUGCUUUAAAGAUGGCUUACCAUGGACAGGGACUUUUUCAAGAGAGUUGGUGGGUUUACCCUGGUCUCCAGAGAAGAUAAACACUCGCUUUCUGCUCUACACUAUACAUAAUCCCAAAGCCUAUCAGGAGAUCAGUGCAGUUAAUUAUUUAACUAUCCAAGCCUCACAUUUUGGAACAGACAAGAUAACCCGUGUCAACAUACCUGGAUGGAAAACAGAUGGCAAAUGGCAGAGGGACAUGUGCAAUGUGUUGCUACAAGUGGAAGAUAUAAACUGCAUCAAUUUAGACUGGAUUAAUGGUUCACUGGAAUACAUCCAUGCUGUAAACAAUCUCCGUGUUGUUGGUGCUGAGGUGGCUUAUUUUAUUGACGUUCUUAUGAAAAAAUUUGGAUAUUCCCCUUCUAAAGUGCACUUGAUUGGCCACAGCUUGGGAGCACAUCUGGCUGGAGAAGCUGGGUCAAGGAUACCAGGCCUUGGAAGAAUAACUGGGUUGGACCCGGCUGGGCCAUUUUUCCACAACACUCCAAAUGAAGUCAGGCUAGACCCCUCGGAUGCCAACUUUGUCGAUGUCAUUCACACAAAUGCAGCUCGCAUCCUCUUAGAGCUUGGUACUGGAACUAUUAAUGCUUGUGGUCACCUUGACUUUUACCCAAAUGGAGGGAAGCACAUGCCAGGAUGUAAAGACUUAAUUACACCUUUACUUAAAUUUGAUUUCAAUGCUUAUAAGAAAGAAGUGGUUUCCUUCCUUGAAUGUGACCAUGCCCGAAGUCAUCACUUUUAUGCUGAAAGUGUUCUCAAUCCUGAUGCCUUUAUUGCUUAUCCUUGCAGAUCCUACAAAUCUUUUAAAGCAGGAAAUUGUUACUGUUGUCCCAAAGAAGGUUGUCCAACAAUGGGUCAUUUUGCUGAUAGAUUUCACCUCAAAAAUAUGAAGACUAAUAGAUCAUAUUAUUUUUUAAACACAGGAUCUGAAUCCCCAUUCGCCCGUUGGAGGCACAAGUUGUCUGUUAAACUCUCUGGAAACAAUAUCACUCAAGGGAGCAUAUAUCUCCGUGUAGCUGGGACAACUGGGAAAACAGGGCAGUUUGCAGUUGCCAGUGGAAAACUUAUGCCAGGCAUGACUUAUACAAAAUUGAUUGAUGCAGAUGUUAAUGUUGGAAACAUUACAAGUAUUGAGUUCAUUUGGAAGAAAGAUUUGUUUGGACAUUCUCAGAAUAAGUUGGGAGCAGAAAUGGUGAUAGAUAUAUCUGGAAAAUAUGCAUAUAAAUCUACCUUCUGUAGCCAGGACAUUAUGGGACCUAAUCUUGCCCAAAUCCUGAAACCAUGCUAA